AUGGCUGAGGAGGAUGAGGAGCUCGACUUGUACAACGAGAUGACUUUUGGGUUAGACCGAGACUCCAUGGAGGAGGAUGCCCCAAAGCCCCUGGUGCCACCAGUGAUAAGCCCUGAGCUGGCUGAAGCGGUGGCAGAGGAGACUGAGACCAGGGAGGAACUGGGACCUGGAGCAGCUGAGCAGCCAGAGGAGCUGGGAGAACCCCAGGAGAAAGGUGGGACAGAGCUGGAGGUGGAGCACGUUGGCUUCAACUUGGAGGAAGAGGAGGAGGAGGAGCUGGAGACCGAGGAACAGGAGGAAGACCGGGAGCCCUGUGUGGAGCCCAUCGACCUGGGAGACCCAGCCGUGAUGAGAGCUGUGCAGGGCAAACCCACGCUGGAGAGCCAGGACUCAGCGGUGCUGGACAGCAAGAUUGAUGCUUUCUGGGAAGGGUUUGACAAGGAGGACAUGAUGGAUCCCAUGGUGUGGGGCUCCUGCCCCCACAGUGUCCCACCCCACCGCGUGCUGGAGGAUAAAGCCAUCCUCCAGGUCCUGGAGAGGCCCCCCCCACCCACCAACAUGGCCCUCGACUUCCUCGGCUCCCCUGUGCGGAGGGGCUAUGGGGGCUCUCCCCGGAUCAAGCACCCUGACUUAAGACUGAUGUCCCCCAAGUCCUUCCCCCAGCGCUUUCUCCGGCAGACCACAGGGUACGUGCCUCUGACCCGUUUCCAGCCCACGUCCCCCACCAUGUGCAGGCCAGCGCGGCCUCUCGCUAUGCACUUCGGCCCCAUGUCUCCCUCCUUGGACCCUGCUCUCUUCUUCAGCCCCUCAGCCUGCAGCCAGCUGAACCUCAGUACGCCCAGCCACAUGACCCAGCUGCACCCGCAGCACCAGCGGAUCCUGACGCAGCAGCAGGACAGGCAGACGCAGAGCGUCUCCCCCAAGAAGCUGUGGUCUUCUAAAGUGGACCCUUACUCUGGGCUGAUGACCUCCAAGGAGAAGGAGUGGGUCGUCAAGGUGGAGAUGAUCCAGCUGCAGAGUGAGAACAUGGAUGAUGACUACUACUACCAGACAUACUACCACCGGCUGGAGCACAAACAGGCAGAGGAGGAGCUGCUGGGUGGGCGCAACAAGCAGGAGCCCCCCAAGCUGGUCACACCAUUCAUCCAGAAAGUGGAGACAUACGACUCUGUGGUGCGCAUCGCGGGCUCGCUGGGCCAGGUUGCGGUGUCCACCUGCUACAGCCCUCGCCGGGCCAUCGAUGCUGUGCACCAUGCCCUCGUGGAGGAGGCUGCAGGGAGCCACCGGCUGCGGGCACUGCACAGGAUCGAGAAGCUCUUCCUGCAGCUGCUGGAAGUGGAGGAGGCACAGCGGAAGGUGUCCCUGGUCCCAGGGGAGCAGCAGCCCUGUGGUCAGAAGCAAAAGAGCCAAGAAGUGAUGAGUAUCUACCAAGCCUUGAAAAUCAGGGCUUGCAGCAAUGAAGAGGAGGCAGAGGAUGAAUUCCUGCAACUGCUGUGUGUGCGGAAGGGCAAGAAACUCAUUGCCCGACUGCUGCCCCACAUGACCCGGGACCAACAGGAGAAGAUCCUGCUGACCAUCACUCACCACCUGCCCUUCCUCAUGAAGAAGGACAUGUCGGAUGAGUCUCUCCCCCUGCUCUACAGCCCAUUGAACGUGGUGGUGGGCAGGAUGACCUUCAGCAAACUCAUCGAGGUCCUGCAGGAGCUGACGCAGCCUCUGCCCGAGUCCUCCCUCGCUAUGGCCUUAAAGAACCAGUUUGGGAUCUCUCUGCUUUACUCCCUGCUGAGCCAUGGUGAGAGGCUGCUGUCCUCGGAUGUGCCGCUGGAGCCGCGCAGUGGAGACUUUGAGGCCUGGACAGACACAGUGUACCUGGUGGCCCGGGAGCUGUCUCAGGUGCCCAAAGCUUUGCUGGUGGAGCCUCUCUCCUUGCCCAGCAACCUUCUCUCGCUCUUCUGUCGUUACCUGGACAAGCAGACAGUCUACCACCUGGAAGCCAAAAUGGAGUGCUCCCCACUGCCAUCAGAGGGACUGCCAUGCUGUGCUGAGCCCUGGGAGCUGGGAGUGGGAGCUGGGGCCAGGCAGGACCUGAUGCCAUGA